AUGCCACUCGUUUUUCCAACUAAAUUCAAGGCUACUCAGAUAGUACUAUCAGUAUUAUUUCUAUUCACAUUAAUCAAUAUACUAUUGGCACUCUAUUCAACGGAUGGUUCCGCCGCAAACAAUCAAAACAUUAAAUCCAAGGGAAGCUACUAUGGUAAAGAUGGUGUAUCGGCAAUAUUUGGUAAAUUAUCAUCACUAACUUUACCUACGCUGCUGCUGUCACAACAACUGAAGCAAGACUAUAAGGUAGUUGGCUACCACCACAACGAAGAUAAUGACUUUGUUGUUUUCCAAAAGGAGUAUUUAAGUAAUGAACAUCUUGCUACAGACACUACUCAUCAUUUCUGGAACUUUGUCAAUUCUGAUCUCAAUUCACAUCAAAAUUAUGAUAUCAAAUUAAUCAAUGGCUACAACUACAAGGAAUACGUGUCCAAAUUAAACCAUGAUCAUGAAUUAAUGUUGAAUAGUUCAUUCUCUGAUCACUAUGAUAUGGAAAUGAAGUUUACCACAGCAUUUGUUGAAUUUUUCAACACUGUUUUGAAAACCAUUGAAGAUUGUAAACCAACCAUCAAUGCAAUUAAUAAUGAUGAACAUUACCCCAAUGCAGCUAAAUUGGAGAAAUAUUAUCAAACUAUAAACAAAUUGACUGAUGAUCAAAUGAAUGGUUUCAAAUACAAACGUGAAUUGAUACACAAGAAUGGAAGAAUGCCAGUUUAUGGUGGUCAUUUACGAGAAAACUAUCAACAAGAAUUGAUUAGAAACAGGGAAUUGUUAUCAACGUAUAUCACAUUGAAUGAUAUGGAGAUGGAAACAUUGAAGAAUUCACAUCAAGUAUUUAUCAACUCAUUGAUGAAGGAUUGGCCUGAAGACUUGAUCAAAUUUAACAAGUAUAAUGAUUUCCUCAAGGGAGAUGGUAUUGUCUACCUAGCUGGAGGUAAAUAUAAUCAGUUGGCUUUACUUUCAAUCAAAGUAUUACGAGAAAAUGGUUCUCGUUUACCAGUUGAAGUCAUUAUCCCCAAACAUGAAGAUUAUGAUGAACAGUUUUGCAAUCGAAUUUUACCACAAUUGAAUGGUAAAUGUAAACUAAUGAGUGAUUAUAUCCCCAAAUCAUAUUAUGAACGAGUCAUCAAAAAUGGUGGCUCAGCAGCUGGGUUUCAAAUGAAGAAUGUUGCCAUUCUCGUGUCGUCAUUUGAGCGGGUAUUGUACCUCGAUGCCGAUAAUAUUCCCAUUAAAAACCCCGAUAUCUUGUUUGUUAAUAAACCUUUUACAAACAAACACCUAGUCGUAUGGCCUGAUUUAUGGAGAAGAUCCACAUCACCCAAAUUUUAUGAAAUUGCUGGAAUUAGGGUCGAUCCUGCCAAAAAAGUUAGAAACUCAUAUACAAAAGGUGAUCCAAGAGGUGUUUUCCAAAGUGCUGAUACUGAAACAUCAAUUGCUCACAAUUCAUAUCAUGAUUGCUUGGGUGCCAUACCUGAGCCAAGUUCAGAAACCGGUCAAUUGCUCAUCAAUAAGAAGGUACAUUUCAAAACAUUGUUGCUUUCAUUGUAUUACAAUACUUAUGGGCCUGAUUACUACUACCCACUAUUAAGUCAAGGUGCUGCUGGUGAAGGUGAUAAAGAAACUUUUAUUGCUGCUGCUCACAAGUUAAACUUACCUUAUUAUCAAGUACAAGAAUUUAAUCGAGAGUUUGGACCCAAAGAUGGCACUACUAAUAAACAUUUGUAUUUUGCCAUGGGACAAUAUGACCCGAUUAUUGAUUAUAUUCAAGCAAACAACGAUACCGAAUUCGAAGCAUCCACUAGCAAGCAAAAGCUGAAGCAAGGCAAUAAGUUGCAGCAGGAGGAUGAAACCAUUUCAGACGACGACAAUCCAUACUUGUCUACCCCCCCUACUCAAUUUGCCAACCACGAAAAAGACAAUACCAAGUACAACUACGACUACCACUUGUACAAAUCAUCAUCGUUAUUCUUCCUUCAUGCAAAUUGGCCCAAAUACUAUUUCCAACAAUUAUUCACCAAUGAUGAACGAGGUCCAGUUGAUAACAAGGGCAAUAGAAGACGCCUUUAUGGUAAUGAAUUACGACUGGAAUUGAGUGCUGGUGCUAUUUCUGGAUACGAUUUUGAAUUGAAGGUGAUUGAACAGUUGCAGAUGUUGUUUUGUACUGCACCUAAAUUUAAUUUGGGUGGUGGAGUACCUGAUGCUGAUAGCAAUGAGCGGAGGGAAGUUUGUGACAAAGUUGAAGAACAGAGACUGUUUUUGAAGAUCUCCUAG